GAAUCGAGUCUUUGCUAAGGAUUCUGUGAUGGGUCGCGAGAGCAAUUCGACAAUUGUCACCACGGCCAAUGGGAAGAUAAGGACCACAGCAGCGACAACUCUUGCACCAAGAUUUCGAUUCCACCCGAUUGAUGAAGAGCUGGUCAACAACUACCUCAAGAGGAAGAUUUUGUCUAAACCCGUGAGGUUUAAUGCCAUUGGUGAGGUCGAUAUCUACAAGCACGAGCCUUGGAACCUCGCGGGUAGUCUUCUAUUUCUCCCUUUUAUCUAUCUGCUCAUUUCCCAUUUGUGUUUGCUCUUCUGCUUGUUUAUUGUUCUACCAUGCUCCGAUAUGCUUCUUUGAGUUUCUGCUUCUCCACGCCCAAAUUUGGAUACAGCGUCCGGGUCUGCUCGACCCAAUUACUGGUUCUGUAAUGUUUCAUAAGGUUGAAUGAGAGGAAUCUAAUGUUGAUGGAGGAGAUUAUACACGCCACCAAAAAGGGUACCAGGUUGUUGGACAUGUUAGGUUUUAGAGAUGAGGCGCAUUCUAGAUCUG